AUGCUUAUUCCAGUGAUAUGUUGCGCCACCAGCGUAUAUGGAGGUUUUGCCAUAUUUUCGGUGAUUGGACACAUGGCCUACAUCACUGGUGUCCACGACGUAGUGGCUGUAAUGAAGCAAGGACCUGGGUUGGCGUUUAUUGCCUAUCCAGAAGCACUGACAAAACUACCAGGAUCCGCCAUUUGGUCUGUAAUAUUCUUCUUCAUGCUCAUCACGUUAGGACUAGAUUCACAGGUGAUAAAGUCAGGUCGUUGGCUCCAUAGAAUCAGUCAAAACCAUUAA